GCCCAUAGGGUUAGAGCAUGUCCUGAUGUAGGUUCCUGUUGUGUGUUGAGUCAGUCUGUGGUGGAAGAGAUUAAGAUAAAGAGAUGUUGAAAGGGUGAGACUGUCUCAAUGCAUGAGAGGAACUAAACCAGGCCAGUCAGAUCGUCUAAGAAAGGAUGGCUGUUAUUGAUGCAGUGCUGGAUCGUCUGCUAGAUGGACUCCUGGCUCUGGGUCGUCUCCUGUCUCCUCUCUGCUCCCUCUUUGUUCUCCUCCAGCUCUCUGCUCUGGUUGUCCUCCUCCUCCUGUCCCUUCGUGUUGUCUGUCUGCUGUGGAGCCAUGCUCAGUUCACCAGACGUCUCCGGUGCUUCAGUAAGCCCCCCACACAAAACUGGCUAAUGGGACACCUGGGAGAGAUGCGGAGCACGGAGGAGGGUCUGCAGGCGGUGGAUCAGAUGGUAAGAACCUACAGCCACUCCUGCUCCUGGUUCCUGGGCCCCUUCUACUCCCUGGUACGACUCUUCCACCCUGACUACAUCAAGCCUCUGCUGCUGGCACCAGCUUCCAUCACAGUCAAAGAUGAGCUGUUCUAUGGGUUCCUGAGACCAUGGCUGGGACAGAGUCUUCUCCUGAGUAACGGAGAGGACUGGUCUCGUCGUAGACGUCUACUCACUCCUGCAUUCCACUUCGACAUCCUCAAGAACUAUGUGAAGAUCUUCAACCACUCCUCCAACAUCAUGCAUUCUAAGUGGCGCCACCUGGUGGCCGAGGGAGAGAGCCGCCAGGACAUGUUCAGUCACAUCAGCCUGAUGACUCUGGACAGUCUGCUCAGAUGUACCUUCAGCUACAACAGCAACUGCCAGGAGAGUUCCAGUGAGUACAUAGCAGCCAUUUUUGAGCUGAGCACCUUGGUCAUAGAGCGGAGAGGACGUAUCCUGCACCACUGGGACUGGCUGUACUGGAGGUCCCCAGAGGGACAGCGCUUCAAACAGGCCUGCAAUGUAGUACACAGGUUCACCAGGACUGUUGUCCAGGAGCGCAGAGCACAGCUUCUCCACCAGGGGGAGCCAGAGAGCCACACUGACACCACAGGAGGGGAGGAGAAGAGGAAAAGAGUAGCAGACUUCAUUGAUUUGUUACUGCUGUCAAAGGAUGAGGAGGGCCAUGGUCUCACAGAUGAGGAGAUAAAAGCAGAGGCAGACACUUUCAUGUUUGGAGGUCAUGACACCACGGCCAGCGGGAUCAGCUGGGUUCUGUAUAACCUGUCUCAGCAUCAGGACUACCAGGACCGCUGUAGAGCCGAGGUCAACGACCUGCUACAAGACCGAGAGACAGAGGACUUAGACUGGGAGGACCUGAGCAGCCUCCCCUUCACCACCAUGUGUAUCAAAGAGUCUCUGAGACUGCACUCCCCCGUGUCUGCUGUCACCAGACGAUACACUAAGGACAUCACGGUGCCAGGUGGACGGGUCAUACCACAGGGUAGCAUCUGUCUGGUGAGCAUCUAUGGGACCCAUCACAACCCUGAGAUCUGGCCUGACCCAGAUGUCUACAACCCCAUGCGCUUUGACCCUGAGAACUCAAAGGACCGUUCAUCCCAUGCCUUCAUACCCUUCUCUUCAGGACCUAGGAACUGUAUAGGUCAGAAGUUUGCCAUGGCGGAGCUGCGUGUGGUGGUGGCGUUGACCUUGAGGAGGUUCCAUUUGACCCCUGGGGGGGUGGAGGUGAGGAGGCUACCCCAGCUGGUGCUCAGGGCCGAGGGGGGGCUGUGGCUGACGCUGGAGACCCUGGACACCCCCCAGGACUAACCCCUGACCUCCAUGUCUCCUCUAUGGAUCAGACAUAGAGAAACUGUUUAGGAUUUUACUGUAUAAACAUACACUGAGUAUACGAAACGUUAAGAACACCUUAAAACUGUAAAAUACAUAGGCCUAAAGCCGACAAAUAAAACAGUGAAAUAUCCUGAUGAAAAUGCAGGUUCUCAUGAA